AUGCAAGUCCCGUCUCUACCUCCCGACAGGCACUUCCUGGUGUGCUCGGGUGUUGACAUGGUUCCCCGCCUGCCCUCCCAGAGCGACCGGCAGUUGCUGGUGAUCGGAGGGAUCCUCAAUCUGCUUGUCCCGGUUGGGACCGGUGCGCUCGUUUGCGGGCUCGCCACUGGCAAGCGCCCCCUGCUCGUGUCGGGCAUUGUUCAGGUCUUUACUUCGUUCCUCGUAGUAGGCAUUGUGUGGUCCAUUGUCACGGGGGUUCUCAUGAUCGUUCAAGGCUCAGAACUCUUUGUUUCGCCCUUGGAUCUGCAGCCUCGGCAGAGUCAGCGCGACGCGAGCGCCUCUCAAGACUUCCACAGAGCCCCUCAAAGUGGAGACGGAACGGACCCAGAACAGGGGUCGACCGGAGUGUCGGAGAACGCAGCCCCCGCCGCUGAAGUAGAGGAAGUCGCGACGGAAGUGCUUGUGAUGACCUGUCGACACCAACCCGCAGACGACCAGGAAAAGGAGAACGCCCCCGAAUCGAAGGGUUUGAAACGGUUAGACGGCGCAGGCGCCGCGAACGCAAUGUACAACAGAGAGCAUGCGUUCGAGCAGGAAGUUCUGAUCCUCGAAAGCGAUGGCGCUGUUCCAAACUCGAACCAGGCGAGCCUCGCUGCAGUUGCAGCCGUUCCAGAAACGCUAGGCAAGGCUUGCGUGGGAGUCCCCGGCGCCCAUACCACGGCCCACACAGCGCACUGUCUCGGGAUCCCUGCAGCGCUUCGCCCCCUCUUGCUUCACCCCGCCGACGGGAACCUGGAAAUCCACGACUGUGGCCCGAGCAAUCCUGGGGGCCCGUCGCACGUGGGUAAGCGCCUGUCGAGGAAUCAACAGGACGAAGAGGAGUGUCUUGUCAGCAUCGAAUCAGCAGGCCCCGCGCAAGAGCCGGGUAACGGCGUCUUGGAAAAAGGCGACCGCAAUGAGAAGGUCGGCAAAGAGAUUCAGACGCGAGGAGCAGAACAGGGGGACCAUCUGACUAUCGACGACGCAGACAUCAAUCGGACCCCGCAGCCGAUGAACUCCGCCGACGGGGCUCUCAGGGAAACCGACGGAGAAAGCCACUCGCCGCCCAACCUUCUCGACGCCGCUUGGCCAGUUCUAGGAGCAGAGCGAGGGCGCGAGGUUUACCCCAAAGUGGAAGACGGAGAGCCUGUGAUGCAGCAAACAGAACGUCUGCUACCUGUUGAGGUGCUCGAAUCAAGAGAGCGCCGCGAAGUCGCUGCUUCUCUGUUGUGA